CGGAGCCGCGUAGUGGAAGGGGAGGGCCGGGAGGCCGGCCCGCGGAGCGUGUAUUUAUCUCGGAGUGAGCUCUGCUGCGGAAGGAAUUACAGUAAAUAGGGAGCUCCUGUGUGCCUGCUGCCCUGAGACAGCGGCAGCCGAAUUGCCGGCUUGCUUUAACUUUUAAGAUACCCAGCUUGCUUUCUCCUCUUUAGAAGCGUUGAUUGCUAAGACUAGGGCCGCUGUUUUCUUUUACAAAGGGAGAGCUAAGUUCGUUUCAAGGCAUUCGAGAUGGGGAAAGACUAUUAUGGCAUUUUGGGAAUUGAAAAAGGAGCCUCAGAUGAAGAUAUUAAAAAGGCUUACCGAAAACAAGCCCUCAAAUUCCAUCCGGACAAGAACAAAUCUCCUCAGGCAGAGGAAAAAUUUAAAGAGGUCGCAGAAGCUUAUGAAGUAUUGAGUGAUCCUAAAAAGAGAGAAAUAUAUGAUCAGUUUGGGGAAGAAGGAUUGAAAGGAGGAGCAGGAGGUACCGAUGGACAAGGAGGUACCUUCCGGUACACUUUUCAUGGUGAUCCUCAUGCCACCUUUGCAGCAUUUUUUGGAGGCUCUAACCCCUUUGAAAUUUUCUUUGGAAGACGGAUGGGAGGUGGCAGAGAUUCUGAAGAGAUGGAAAUAGAUGGCGAUCCUUUCAGUGCAUUUGGAUUCAGCAUGAACGGAUAUCCGAGAGACAGGAAUUCUGUGGGGCCUUCCCGUCUUAAACAAGACCCUCCAGUGAUUCAUGAACUUCGAGUCUCUCUAGAAGAGAUAUACAGUGGUUGCACAAAACGGAUGAAAAUUUCUCGAAAAAGAUUAAACCCUGAUGGAAGGAGUUACAGAUCUGAGGACAAAAUUCUCACCAUUGAGAUUAAAAAGGGGUGGAAAGAAGGCACCAAAAUUACUUUUCCAAGGGAGGGAGAUGAAACACCGAAUAAUAUCCCUGCAGACAUUGUUUUCAUUAUUAAAGACAAAGAUCACCCAAAAUUCAAAAGAGAUGGAUCAAAUAUAAUUUAUACUGCUAAAAUUAGCUUACGGGAGGCCCUGUGUGGCUGCUCAAUCAAUGUGCCAACAAUGGAUGGAAGAAACAUACCCAUGUCAGUAAAUGACAUUGUGAAGCCCGGGAUGAGGAGGAGGAUUAUUGGAUAUGGCCUGCCUUUUCCAAAAAACCCUGACCAGCGUGGUGACCUUCUAAUAGAAUUUGAUGUGUCCUUCCCCGACACUAUAUCUUCAUCAUCCAAAGAAGUUCUUAGGAAACAUCUUCCUGCCUCCUAGAAUGAAGAACUGUUACCCAUAUUUUGAUAAAGCACUGAAAAUAUAAAAGGACUGGCAGUUUACUGAUUAGAUGUGAAUUCUGUAUAAAGCUGUGUACAUUCUUUAGAGGAUUCAUUAAAUUGCAUGAAUAGAGACGGGUCAAAUAAAUAGGCAAAAGGGAUUUUUACAGUUAGAGAUGAAGAAGAAAAAAACUUUUAUUUCUCCCAAAUCAGAAAAUUUUAGUUCUUUUGCUUAUGUGUCAGAGUUGGUUUUGUGGUAUCAGAAAGAUUUUUGAAUAAAGUAGUAGACAAUCUAAGUACUUUGUUAUAUCUUUUCAGUGUAAUAGGUUCCCAUUUAUAACAUAAAUUAACAGCUCUUAACUUAUACGUGUCAUGUGCACUUCUAGACGAGAAAGGCCAAAGCCCGAUGGCAAUGUGAUUAUUAGGUUUAUGUCACCUGCAGUGCUGUUACAGAGCUGGUACUAAUAAAAAUAAACUGAAGAACAUAUUCCACCAUUUGAGUUUUUGAAGACAUUUUAUUAUAUACAAAGAACAAGUUUCAUAAGGCAAAAGAAUAGCAUUUUCUUUAUACCUAGUACAAACAUGUUUUACAGCAUUUGAUUUUUAAAGGACGCUAUUACAUUUCUUAAUAACAGUUGUAACAUUCUUUGUAAAAAGUAAGUGAAUGACAUUUUAUCUCCUGUGGAAAUCCCAAUUGCCUGAAUUACUGAUAUUUUAGAAAUAGAAUUUUUAAAAUAGCAUAUGUAAUUUUAUGCAAGUUGACUAUAUAUCUUGAAGUUAAUAAAUUAUAAGUUCA